AUGGUUAAAGAUUCGCAAACGGAUACAGGCAGUAAAACGUUCAUAAAUAAGAGUAAGGACAAAAAAGCUAAACCACAUCGACCGCUGACAAAAAUCAUCCUUCGUCGGCUGCCACCAACGAUGACAGAAGAAGCUUUUCUGGAACAAGUAUCUCCUAUUCCUGAACACGAUCAUUUUUACUUCGCCAAACCCGACAACUCUCUUGGAAACAAUGUGUAUUCAAGAGCCUAUAUCAAUUUUGUGAAUGUUGACGAUAUUUACCUAUUUAGAGACAAAUUUGAUGGAUACGUAUUUCUAGACGAAAAAGGUGUUGAAUAUGUGGGCAUUGUUGAAUAUGCGCCUUUUCAAAGGAUCCCUAAGAAGAAAAAGAAGAAGGAUCCAAAGUGUGGUACAAUAGAAAGUGACCCAAUAUAUCAGGAGUUUGUGGAGAAUUUGAGUAAAGAACAAGAGACUGAUAAUCAGCCUAAGUUGGAAUACUCUUACCCUGUCAAUGAUAAUAAUGAUAAAAAGAAUCAGUCAACACCCUUAUUAGAGUAUCUUGCUGCUCGGAAGCAAGAUAAGAGAGGACGAGAUGAAAGACGGAGGAGGGAAAACGACAAACGUAAAAUGAGAAUUGAGAGAAAGACGAAAGAUGCAACUAUAAAGAGACAAGAAGAUUUAUCGGAAGACGACGGUUGUGAUUACGAUUAUUAUGACAAUAGACAAAACUGUUGGUACGGGGAACAAAGAAUAUACCAUAAAAGUAAAAUUAAACAUAAUUAUAAUAAUGAUAUUAAAACUCAAGGAUCAGAUGAAACUAUCAACACUGAUUCCGACUGGGAUAGCCACUUCCCCGCUUUGAUGAAAACUCAUAACACAUUCACUAUAACAUGUAAUUUGACAAGCGAUAAACGUUACCAGUGUGAAGCUAAUAAGAAAAGCGCUGGCGACACAUAUUAUAAGGAAGAAGACUUUGUUGAGAAUGAUAUAAGGAAAAUCAAAUCCAGGGAAUGGGAUAAAGAGAAAGCUGAUACAAAAGAAGAUCAAAUUAAGUCCGAUAAAGAUGUGUUCGAAUACAAAACUUACAGGGAACAGCGUAAAGCUGCCUCUACCAGCGUGAUUGACAAGAAAAAGAAAUUGGAUGUAGACAAAAAAGAUUACAGCAAAGAUGACGAACAGUUGGAUGAUUAUGAUAAAUAUAAAAAAGAGAAACGCACUGAGAAAGUUAAAGAAUCACCUCGCGAGACGAAAAGCAAGAAGUACAGUGACACUAGGAAGGAGAGAUUAAAGCAGGCAGAAUUGGGAAAGACGGAAAAACAAACAGCAAUCAAUAAAAUCAUAUCGUCAGAAGGAAAAAGUAAAUCGCUCAAUCAUGACGACAUCAAACCUUUCACUCAGUUACCUCAAGUGAAAACCGAUGAUUUGACCAAGAUCAUAGAAGAUAUGGAUCGAAAAGUUAAACUAGAUGAAGCUGAUUCUAAAGCUUUUGAUAAAAUUGAUAUGGAACCACAGGAUGCGGUGGAUGUUGCUAUAAUGAGACGCAACAGUCUAGAGUCAGGAGACAUUUCAAGGAAGGACGAGUCUACAUUGAAGAGACAGAAGUCUCUAGAUGAUAGAAGCAAAUCUACAGACAGAGAAGGAUCAGAAGAAAAAGAGAAGAGUGAGAGUGGAGAUAGACGCACCGAGAGAAGAAUAAGGAAUAAGGACCGUCCGAGUCUAGUUAUAUACCAGCCUGGUAUGGGAAAGUUCAGUAAACAGCGUCUGGCUAAAGAAAAGGAUGUACCAUCAACAAAGACAGUCUGCGAUGAAAAGAGGGACACUUGA